AUGAACAACGUGGUGUACAUGUUCCGUUGUCGCGACUCCGCUCUUACGGUACGAGGGAAAAUCAACGGUGUGGUGUUGGACUCCUGUACCAAGUGCGCUGUUGUUUUCGACAACCUCGUCUCCAGCGUCGAGUUUGUCAACUGCCAGUCAGUACAGAUGCAGGUUCUGGGCAAGGUCCCUACAAUCUCUAUCGACAAGACGGAUGGUUGUCAGAUCUACCUGUCCCAGGAGUCGCUUGACGUGGAGAUAGUUUCAUCCAAGUCUUCUGAGAUGAACGUCCUGGUGCCCUCAGCCAGCGGAGAUUACUCGGAGUAUCCAAUCCCGGAACAAUUCAAGACUCUGCUGAACAAGCCGCCGACCGGUCUCACGACAACGCCAGUCGAAAAUAAGGGCUAA